UCCGGCAGGCAGACGGCUGAGGACAGGACGCCCCAGAAUCAGGAGGCCCCUCUCAGAACCUGGGACCCUGCGCCGACAGCAGCUGGCUGCCCCCCUUCUUCCUGCAGAGUAGCACCCCAGGCCGACACAAUGCGUGUGGUGGUCAUCGGAGCAGGCGUCAUCGGGCUGUCCACCGCCCUCUGCAUCCACAUGCGCCACCACUCGGCCCACCAGCCGCUGGACUUGAAGGUCUACGCAGACCGCUUCACCCCACUCACCACCACCGACGUGGCGGCCGGCCUCUGGCAGCCCUACCUGGAUGACCACAGCAGCCCGCAGGAGGCGGAUUGGAACCAGCUGACCUUUGACUAUCUCCUGAACCACGUCCACUCUCCCGAGGCUGAGAAAAUGGGACUGGCCCUCAUCUCCGGCUACAACCUCUUCCGAGAAGCUGUCCCGGAUCCUUCCUGGAAAGACACUGUUCUGGGAUUCCGGAAGCUGACUCCCAGGGAGCUGGACAUGUUUCCAGAUUACAGCUAUGGCUGGUUCAACACCAGCCUGAUUUUGGAGGGGAAGAGCUACCUGGAGUGGCUGACUGAAAGGCUAACUGAGAGGGGAGUGAAAUUCUUCCAGCGGAAGGUGGAGUCUUUUGAGGAGGUGGCACGAGGCGGUGCAGAUGUGAUUGUCAACUGCACCGGGGUCUGGGCUGGGGCGCUGCAACCAGACUCCCUCCUGCAGCCAGGCCGGGGCCAGAUCAUCAAGGUCAAUUGCCCUCAAAUGAAGCAUUUCAUUCUCACUCACGACCCAGAUGUUGGUAUUUACAAGUCCCCGUACAUCAUCCCAGGGAUCCAGGCGGUGACUCUUGGAGGCAUCUUCCAGCUGGGCAACUGGAGUGAGAUAAACAAUACACAGGACCACAAGACCAUCUGGGAAGGGUGCUGCAGACUGGCGCCCACGCUGAAGGAUGCGAAAAUUGUUGGUGAAUGCACUGGUUUCCGGCCAGUCCGCCCCCAGAUUCGUCUAGAAAGAGAACAGCUUCACUUUGGACCUUCAAAGGUAGAGGUCAUUCACAACUACGGCCAUGGAGGCUACGGGCUCACCAUCCACUGGGGCUGUGCGCUGGAGGCAGCCAAGCUUUGGGGGGAAAUCUUGGAAGAAAGGAAGUUGUCCAGGAGGCCCCCAUCCCACCUCUGAAGACUCCAGAGACUACCACCUCCACAAGGAUCCCACCCCCCUCAACCAGCUAAUCAAGUGCUCCUCUCUACACUGCUGCUUAACUCCCGCCCCGCGCCAACCUUGACUUCUUGUCAUAAGACGUUUGAGACGAGGGGAAACUGAAGUCAAUUCGCAAGAGUCCAGCCUGACCGGUUCCUUGCAUGCACUCCACCCUCUCUAGAAUGUCCUACACCCAGCCCAGGCCUGCCAUGAUGAAGACCACCUGGGGGCUAUUAUUCCCCACGACUGCAGAAGGAAGGAGCGCUCAGGAGAUCAAAGCGGCAAGCUGCCCAGGGCCACAGAACACUGGGGGCAGAUGAGGCUAAGCCACUUGGUUCCAAGCCCCCCUCCCCCAUGAGAGGUUCUGGAAAGUUCUGCAGCAAAGACAUCGGUUCAGAGGGCUUCCUCAACCUGUCUGGCCACCGAGACCUUUUUCCAAGCCCCCUAAUGAGUGCCACAAAACACCCUUUAGGAAAGGCUGACGCAGAUUCUGUUGUAGGAAGCAACUUUUGUAGAACUGGAGUGUGGGGCCAGUGGGUGAGGCAGUGCACUAACAUAUUGCCUGUUCCAUGUCCAGAAUUCUAGCGGGUCCCAGCUGUUCCAAGGAUGGCCCCGCGGAUACCACACAAACCUUGAGGAAGACCCUUUUCACAGAGACGGAAACUCGCCAAGCACCUACCCUGUUUUUUUGGCGGGGGGCAGGUUUUUUUUUAACUCCAUAUUGCACCACAAAGCUUUACUUUGUCUUCCCAAGCUGCUUCUGCAAAGUUUCUGUUUGGCUCUUGCUUCAUCGUUUGCGUUAGCUACUCUAUUGUUCCAGAGCGAGUUUCAGUCCCUUCUGAUGCCCACUUUGGCCUCUUCUUUCUUUGCUGGGCUUUGUUUUAAUGGUUGGAGAUGUGGGGGUUGAUUGUGGUCCUUUUUGGGGGGAUGUGUGUGUUGUAUAGCUAUACAUAGCCCCCUGAGCAUCCCCUCAGCUGCGUCCCAAAGGUUUGAGUAUGUUGUGUGUUUUCAUCCUCACGUGGUUCGACACAUUUUUAUUUCAUUAGGUUCUCUGUCUCCCAGGUGUCUUUUGAGGUCAACUUGACAAUUUCUGCCCCCCCACCCCCAAAAAGUCACACGAGAUUUUGAUGGGGAUUCGUGGUGAAUCUAUAGUGAAUUUGGGAAGCAUCAAUCGCUUUAACAAUUUUAAAGAUGCUGAUCCGUAAA